AUGACCAACCAGACACCACUCUAUGGUAACAAGUUUGCCGAACUGGUCGCCCAAGACGUUUCGAACCCCCUUCCAGCUGAAAAUGCAGUCAAUGCUAAACUAACCAGCAUCGACGGCACUGGGACUGCCGCACUGGUCAGCAGACUGUAUGUCCCUGAGGAUACCAAGAGAUAUGGCGGCUUCGGUUUCAUCUUCAAAGAUGAUUCUACGUAUGACGACUUCAAAUGGGUACAAUUCGUCACCCGACAGCUCGUCAUUGAUGGUACAGCCCAAACUGGGAGCUUGUCCAACAAAACGAACAAACCCGCUUACCAGUUGGUAAACUCUACGGAGGACAUCACGGACUUUGCAACUGGCUCAGGAGCGCCGAACUGGAAUACUUGCUGGGGAGUGGACUCUAAACUUACCGAUGUUUUCUUCGCCAGCACUCAUGAAUACGUCAAGUCUGAUGCCCUCAAAGUGAACGGCAUUAUGGACACUCCGAGCGUCUUGAUCGGUAAGAUUCCUAAGCCGUGGGACAGAGAUUCUUAUCAAGAUGCUCCGGAUGAUUUGGUCGACAUGAAGGAACUGGCGACCGGGCGAGGCACUUCGCGCGCUUACUUCUCGGACUAUCUUGUGAAGAAGCUCGAUGGGGGUGGACAUCGCAUUUAUGCGCGUUUUGACCUCAGCUUGACUUGGAAUGCAGGCGAAGGGGAUAAAAAGAACUUUGAACUCAGCUCUUUGAACUCUACUGCCACAAACGCAUUUCUGAACUGUCACAGAGCUGCUCUCCAGCACACGACAAGACCACUGAAAGAGGGCAGUGUAUCAAAGCAACCUUAUCUGGACUUUCUUAACUCUAUUGUUACGUGAGAAGAGCCUAGGAACGGCUUUCAAUACUUGCAGGAAGACACGGUCCCAAGAUUGU